AAGUCCGAUAUACUUGAAAAGUUAGCUCAGUCCAUUUAUACAUACACUCCCUAUCCAUCACUCCAGAAUCGUCUUUCUGUCGCUGAAGCACUUAUCAAGGCACACCCAUGUCUCAAGGAUCCAGGCAGCUCUUCAGGCGUCAUUGGUUGGCAGAAUAGUAUUAAAUACAAGAUGGCUAACUACAGAACCAAGUUAAGAGGCUUUGGUAUUCCAGAUGUUACAUGCAAUGCUCUAAAACAUAAAUGCCCUGCUGACAGGAAGUCUGCAAAAAAUGUAAAAAAGGCAAAAAGGGCAGAGGUCAAUUAUCUGCCACCCUACCCAGCUGGUGAAAAUGAGCAGAGCUUGGAGAAAGUAAGGGAAGAGCUGGUCACAGAGUCAAAAAAGAAGAACAACGAAAAUGUAGUCAAAGACCAAAUGAGCAAAACAUUUGCCCUCAGACGACAUGAAAUCAUCAAUCUGUGUCCAACUGUUCGAGCCAUGAAGGACCGCUGGCCUGCCCUGUUUGACCCUUCUCAAAUCAAUGCAGAAUUUCAAAGAACAACUACUGUACUUCUGGAACCGAAAUUUAUGUCUGCGUUAGACCGUCACACUCCCAAGCUACUGAUGCUAUUUCGUGCCAAAGGUGGAGCACUUGGAAGAAGACUGGAGAUCAUAAUGGAACUGCUGCAGGACUCAGUGCACUCUUCGAUUGAGAGGACCAGAGAGGUUGUUCUCCGGUGUCUUAUAGAAUACCUUGGAGAACAAGGGGGACAUCUCAUCAAAGAAUUCAACGACAAGGAGAACUUGGAGGAACUUGAACAGCUCAUAAUGGCCAUUACUGUGACACCAAAGCCUGGAGCUUCUACAAGCAACAGCCCAAAAAACAUUGCGAUCGUCAUAGAGGGCGUGGAAGUCAUCACAGGACUUGGAGAUAUUGCAAGGGCUUGCUCUCUCCUCCUUGGCUUGACCUACGCGCUGAAUCUUGAUUAUCCCACACAGCUAAAGUACACCUUUGAGGUCUUCCAAAAACUUUUCUUGGAACUGGAUGAUUCAAAGCUUUCAAGCAAAGUCCAGUCUCUCAAGAGCAAACUUCAGGCUUGAAAUGAGACUGUAUUGCUGUGCAGACUUUUGUGCUACACAAUGUUUAAAAGUGCUAUGUUUGUAAGUUUGCACUGAUUUGUCCCACGAAUGUCGUGACAUUUCAAUUGAUGUAAGUUCAAAGUACAAAUGUAUUUUAUUCUGUUCAAUUUGCACUUUUAUUAUUUAUGUUUUGGCACAUGCCAUUAUGGAGUAUUCUCCUUUUAAGAUCUUCAUUGCUCUUCUUUUUCUUUUCUUUUUUUAUAGUUUGAAGUCAGCAUUUUGGCCUUUUUCAAAUUUCUGGUUUCUAAUGCAUGAGCAAACUUCUGGCUUGAAAAUGAGACCGUAGUUGGAGUGUACAUGUUUUGCUACACAAUUUAGCAAAAAUUUGAAAGUCCUAUGUUUGAAAGUUAGCACUGAUUUGGACUCUUAUCCCAUGAAUGUCAGCGAGAUUUCUAUUUCAAGGUACAAAAUGUUUUUUUUUACUUCGUACAAAUUUCAAUUUUCUGCUUUUGUUUUGGUACAUACACGUCUGGAGGAUUUUUCUUUAAGAUCAAUAUUGAUUCAAUUUAGUGGCUAAGUGAGGUCAUAAAGCAUGCAAACUGGUUUAUGGACACAUCACCAUUCUGUGUCAUUUAUUUUUGUUUUUACAAAAUAGUUUAAAGUCAGCAUUCUCUCCUUUUUCAAAUGUCUGGUUUGAAAUGUAACUGUGGUUGCAGUGUUAAAUGAUGUACUGCAAUGUGU